CCUCAGCUGAGACAUGUCCUCUGGUGCCGCGAUCUUUUUUUCCCUCUCUCUCUCUUUUUUAUGUUUUCUUCUUGUUUUUCUUUUUAAAUGUGUCAAGUGAAGAGUUCCUCUCUCCCCCUCUCCCUUUCCACUCCACAGAACCGACCUCCAGUUAAUUAAACGCUGGAACUGUUGCUACUUUGCCAGAGGGGAGAGUGAACCUGUGCCUGCAUGUGUGUGUGUGUAAAAUAGAUACAAAAAUGUCAAUGAACAGCAGGAAAAGUUCUGGGAGACCGUCUUACUACUAUCGACUGCUCCGGAGGUCACGACUUCAGAGGCAGCGCAGCAGAUCCCGGAGCCGGAACAGGCCGCUCAGUAGGGGUUAUGUGGCUGCUGGUGCGGAGUUACGGGCAGGAUCUGCAACCAAGGAAGAUGUCACUGAACAGGCACUUCACCCAGUCCAUGGGUGGGAUCUCUCAGUCUGUCCUUUUUGGAUAGUUAAAGAUACGUCUCAGGAACUGUUGAGUGGAACUGCAGAGUCGCCCCCGGAGCGGUGCGGGCAGAGGCGCAGCAUGCCCAGCGGGGGCACGGAGAGGAACCCCCCCAUGGAGCCCGCUGCCACCACGCCCUUCCGGGUCACCGGGUUCCUCAGCCGGCGGCUUAAAGGCUCCAUCAAAAGGACAAAGAGCCAACCGAAGCUCGACAGGAACAGCAGCUUCCGGCACAUUUUACCUGGCUUCAGGAGUGUGGACAAUGAAAGAUCCCAUCUAAUGCCGAGGCUGAAAGAAUCGCGCUCCCACGAGUCCUUGCUCAGUCCCAGUAGUGCUGUUGAGGCUCUGGAUCUCAGUAUGGAGGAAGAAGUGGUCAUCAAGCCAGUCCACAGCAGCAUCUUGGGACAAGACUAUUGCUUUGAGGUGACGACUUCAUCAGGAAGUAAGUGCUUCUCGUGUCGUUCUGCAGCAGAGCGAGAUAAAUGGAUGGAAAACCUGCGGCGUGCCGUGCACCCAAAUAAGGACAACAGCAGAAGGGUAGAGAAUAUGUUAAAGUUAUGGAUUAUUGAAGCCAAGGACCUGCCAGCUAAGAAAAAGUACUUGUGUGAAUUAUGCCUGGAUGACGUUCUUUAUGCACGAACUACCUGUAAAUUAAAAACUGAUAAUGUAUUUUGGGGGGAGCACUUUGAAUUUAAUAACCUCCCAUCGCUCAAAAACAUUACAGUGCACUUAUACAAAGAGACUGACAAGAAGAAAAAGAAGGACAAGACCAAUUUCAUUGGGCAAGUGAACAUCCCCGUCAGCUCCGUCACGGGCCGGCAGUUUGUAGAGAAGUGGUACCCAGUGGUGAGCCCCAACCCCGGGAAGGGCAAGUCCCCGGGGCCCAUGAUCCGCAUCAAGUCCCGCUACCAGAGCAUGAGCAUUCUUCCCAUGGAGAUGUACAAGGAGUUUGCUGAGUACAUCACUAACAAUUACAUGGUGCUGUGCUCGGUGCUGGAGCCCUCGCUGAGCGUGAAGAACAAAGAGGAGAUGGCGUCUGCGCUGGUGCACAUCCUGCAGAGCACAGGCAAGGCCAAGGAUUUCUUGACUGACCUGAUGAUGUCUGAAGUUGAUCGCUGUGGUGAGAAUGAGCAUCUCAUUUUCAGGGAGAAUACACUGGCCACCAAAGCAAUUGAAGAAUACCUGAAGCUGGUGGGGCAGAAAUACUUGCAAGAUGCCUUAGGGGAAUUUAUCAAGGCACUGUAUGAAUCAGAUGAAAAUUGUGAGGUGGAUCCCAGCAAGUGUUCAUCUUCAGACCUUCCUGAACAUCAGAGCAACCUGAAGAUGUGCUGCGAGCUGGCCUUCUGCAAGAUCAUCAACUCCUACUGUGUCUUCCCAAGGGAACUCAAGGAAGUUUUUGCCUCAUGGAGACAAGAAUGCAGCAACCGAGGCCGCCCAGACAUCAGCGAGCGACUGAUCAGUGCCUCCCUGUUCCUCCGGUUCCUCUGUCCGGCCAUCAUGUCCCCGUCCCUCUUCAGCCUCCUGCAGGAGUACCCGGACGACCGCACUGCACGCACUUUGACCCUCAUUGCCAAGGUCACCCAGAACCUGGCCAACUUUGCCAAGUUUGGCAGCAAAGAGGAAUACAUGUCCUUCAUGAAUCAGUUCUUGGAACAUGAAUGGACUAACAUGCAGAGAUUUCUCCUGGAGAUUUCCAAUCCCGAAACCAUCUCGAACACAGCUGGCUUUGAAGGCUACAUUGACCUGGGCCGGGAACUGUCCACUUUGCACUCACUGCUCUGGGAAGUCAUUUCUCAGCUGGAGCAGGGCAUUGCAGCAAAACUCGGGCCUCUGCCUCGGAUCCUGAGGGAUGUCAACUCUGCGCUCAGCAACCCGGCCUGCGUGCAGGUCUCGGUCACAGCCGAUCACGCCGCGUCCACGCCCGGCGCUGGCAACAGCAUCUCUGCAGGGCUGCAGAAAAUGGUGAUAGAGAAUGACUUAUCUGGUCUGAUAGAUUUCACACGGUUACCAUCUCCAACCCCUGAAAACAAGGACUUGUUUUUUGUCACAAGGUCUGCCGGGGCCCAACCCUCACCGGCCCGAAGCUCCAGUUACUCAGAGGCCAAUGAGCCCGACGUGCAGAUGUCUAAUGGCAGCAAGAGUUUGUCCAUGGUGGACUUGCAGGACAAUCGGCUCUUGGACAGUGGGGCCAGCGUGCCUGGCACGGCCGAGUCCCUCAAUGACAGUCAGUCGUCCCUGGGGCAGCUGCAGGGCGUGUGGGCCGCGCGGACUCAGCAGAGCAGCGUGACGGGCAUGGCCACGGUGCGCCGGGUGGGCCAGACGCCCACCACGCCCAGCGGCGAGAGCGCGCCCGGCCGGCCUCAGCUCCUGGCGCCCCUCUCCUUCCAGAACCCCGUCUACCAGAUGGCGGCCGGGCUGCCCUUGUCCCCCCGCGGCCUGGGCGACUCCAGCUCCGAGUGCCACAGCUCGCUCAGCUCCCACAGCAACAGCGAGGAGCUGACGGCCAACAAACACGGCUUCGCUGCCCCCGAGGACUUCGCCCGCCGGCCAGGGGAGCUGGCCCGCCGGCAGCUCUCGCUGACGGAGAAGGGCGGCCAGCCCACGGUGCCGCGGCAGAACAGCGCGGGCCCGCAGCGGCGGAUCGACCAGCCGCCCCCGCCGCCGCCGCCCGCCAGCCGGGGCCGCACGCCGCCCUCCCUGCUCAGCGCCGGGCAGUACCCGCGGCCUUCCAGCGGCAGCAUCAUGUCCUCCUCGCCCGACUGGCCGGGCAGCGGGACCCGGCUCCGGCAGCAGUCCUCCUCCUCCAAGGGCGACAGUCCUGAGAUGAAGCAGCGCACGAUGCACAAACAGGCCCCUUCUCCUGUGAACCCCAAUGCCCUGGACCGCACUGCUGCUUGGCUUUUGAAUAUGAACAUGCAGUUUUUAGAAGAUGAAAGCAUUGACCCAGAUUCCAAGCACAGGGAUAAGCUCAGGAAUAAGGACGAGCUCAGCCAAGCAGAAAAGUACCAGCAGGACCUAGUGGUGCUGCAGGACAAGCUUCGCAUCUCCAACAAGAAGCUGGAGGAAUAUGAGACUCGCUUCAAGUGCCAGGAGGAGACAACACAGAAGCUGAUGCUGGAGUACCAGGCCAGGCUGGAGGAGAGCGAGGAGCGGCUCCGCAGGCAGCAGGAGGACAAGGAGAUCCAGAUGAAGGGCAUCAUCAGCAGGUUGAUGUCAGUUGAGGAGGAGUUAAAGAAGGAUCAUGCAGAAAUGCAGGCUGCUGUGGACUCCAAGCAGAAGAUUAUUGAUGCACAGGAGAAACGCAUCGCUUCCCUGGACGCUGCCAACGCACGGUUAAUGAGUGCCCUAACGCAGCUGAAAGAGAGGUACAGCAUGCAGACACGUAAUGGGAUCUCCCCCACAAACCCAACCAAAUUGCAGAUUACAGAGAAUGGAGAAUUCAGAAACAGCAGUAAUUGUUAACCUGCCGAGGGCGCUGCCGCGGGAGGAGGCCCGGGGACCGUGCAGCAGGCGAGAGCCGCGGCUUCCGAGAACGGCUGCUCCCUCCUGAGACACCAGCUCCCUGCUGCGGACCGCGCCUGACUCAGCCCUGGUGGGAGAUGCUAAUGCCAGCACGUUGAGGGGACAGAGAUCCAGAGUGAGAGGAGUGGCAUAAGGAAAUAACAGCUAUUUGAGAAGCGCUGUCACUGUUGGAUUCGAAUCAGUGUUUUAAUGUUUAAACAAAAGUAACCUUUUCCUUCUAAACUGCCCAAAGGAUCUGUCUCACCCCUCCCAGCAAGGAAUAAGGUCCUUGUCACUGCAGUAAGCAAAAUAAAGGGAGCUGGGCAGAGCCUGCAGCAGGCAGAGGCCCAGGCAGUCCAGUGAAAGGGUGCUGCUGGAUGCAGCAGCAGGAGGGAUGGCAGCCAAACCUGGCCUGCUCCUGUGCCCCCCCCGGAGCACAGCCCUCUCCCCUCUGUGGCAUUUGUGAGGCCACUGACUUCUACAGCAGGUGACUGUAGCUCAUUACUGUUUAAUUAACUCCACCCAUUGAGGGAGCACAGUCCCUAUGAAAGGUCAGGGUGCCACUGUGACCCAGGGGGAGCUACGUGGGGGACCACAGUGGCAGAGGAGUGGAGAAGGGCAGGGCUGGCUCUGCUGGGUGUCAGGACAGCCCAUGGGAGCAGAGCAAGCCCAAGGCUCUGGCAGGCAGGUGGAGGAAGGAGCUGGUCAGUGGUGACUUGAUUCCUCUCUCCAGCUUCUGCUUCAUAGGGAAGAGUCUUCAUAAGCAGUAAGCCCCCAGGGCACUAUCCCCACACACACACACACACUUCCAGCCCCAGAAUAAAGCAGAUGUUGCCUGAGCUUGGUCCACAAGCUGUGAACAAGGUGCAGGGGCUGGAGUUCCUGGUGCCCACUGUGGUAGAGGGGGAGUGAGGGGCCACAGCCAGCUCCUUGCUUGACAGAGGGGUCGUUGUGGGGAUGUCAUGCUCUGUGCAGACAUUUGUACUAUUUCUGGGGAGAAAAACAGACAAACAAGAAAAAGCCCUGAAGAACCAUGAAGAUUGGUAAUUGUAUUUCUUUUCUUUCACAGUAUGCAUUAGAAAAAAAAAGAUCCCAUUUUCUGGAAUACUGUCCUCUUUAAAUUGGGAAUGAGCACUGCAUGGAAAUUAACCGGCUCGAAGAAUGUAAAACAUGGUCAUAAGGGAGUAACCAACAGGAACAGCAGCCACCAGCGAAAGCCCCCUUGUCAGGAGCUCUGUGCAGGCAUAAGCCAGGAUUAGACUUUCCUGACUGCUGAAACGCAGCUCGGCACAGCCAGACACGUUGUGCUCAGCAGAGGGGUCACCUCCUUAACGGGGGCUGGUGCCGCUGCCCUCCCGCCACGGUGUUUGUUGCUCUGUCUUUUUUUAAGUUAGUCCUUCACAGCUCCCAGUCUCAGAGCAGGUCCCUCGUACCAAGGGCCAGAGAUUUCUCUGAGAUACGGCUGACAGUGUACAGUGUACAGGACAUCUGCCUAUUCCUCCCACUAAAGUUUAAUGCACUGCUCAACGCCUGUCCUAGCUCCUCCUGCCAUGUGUAAAUGUACAAAGGGACUAGGAUGUCCACGGGGCUCUGCACAGCGUAGGUUCCAUCUCCAGCCUCACCCCACCUAGGCUGCCUGAGCAGGACACUUUGCCAGUAAGCACUGCAUUGCCAGGCUGCCCUGCAGCCCUGAGGCUCCCUAACAGCAUUCUUCCACAUGCAAUUAUUUUCAAAAGUAAAGAUUUUUUUGUAUUAUUAUUAUUUUUUCCUAAACGUUUUUCUAUUCCCUGGAAGCCCUGGGCCAAGCCCGGUGCAGCCUGGUCCUGGGAGGAGCCACCGUGGUGCACUGAGGCCUCCACAGCCAGCAACGCCUGCAGAGCGGGGCAGUCACACCGCAGACCCCUGACGGAGCUCCUCUGAGCAAAGUAAUAACUAUUUAUGACAAGUACAGUCACCUUUGCAUUUUGGAGACUAGCACAGAUGGCUUUGAAGAACCUCACAAAACUGACAAGGUUACAACUGGAGAAAGACCCAGACAGGUUAGGAGCACCCAGGGUACUGAGGGCCAUUGGGUACGUACACUGACACCUGCCACCGGCUCAGAGUCAGACCCAGUAUAAGAACCCUGCAAAAAAAAAAAAAAGACUACUUUAAACUGCUGUUGCCCUGGGAUGUGUGUUUAGAGCUGAUUGUUUUUGAGUUCCAAAAUAUUUGUGUUGUGAGACACGGAAGUUUUUCAAGAGAGAAGGAACCUAGAGGAAUGGAAAUACUAAGGGCACGGGGCGGGGGCCCCACCAGCAGCGUUUCCAUUCCUACACAGUAAUUUUGGGAUGCAGUCAGUGCUCUCCAUAAAAGCUGGAAAAAAGAAACACCCACAAAACAAUUGUUUAGUACUGAAGCUAAGCACAGUACAGCUUAAUCUUCUCAACCACAAGCCAAGGCGCUGCUCCCCCCCCCUCACCCUGAUCUGUCUGAAACUCCUGGUUAACCUCAAACUUGCAAUUACUGAACACACAUUGUUCUGCUGAAAUAGCAGGAAUGCUCAAAUCCUUCCACAGAGAGUUAUUAAAGUCUUAGCCGUUCCAGUGCCAACACCUGCUGGAGUUGUUGCUUAGUUUCCUGAGCCAGUAUGCAAAGAAAUUAAAAAUCAGGCUAAAGUCUCAUUACAGUAAUGAUUCCCCCGACCCACUCCUUUUCCCCAAUUCGUUCCCCACAACUGUCAACAACUGGACCUACUCGUGACCCUCCCCUAAGAAGCUUUGGGGGUAGGUUUAAAGAUCCAGGCUGAGUUCAGUUCUGUUACUUCAGUUUGUGUUUCUGUUAUUUAUAAACUGUAUGUGUGUGUGUGUAUGUGCACGUGUGUGUGUGUGUGUGUGUGUGUGUGAGCAAGGGAGCCAGCGUGAGCUCCCAUGGCCGGGUUCCCUGAGGUGGCCUCAGCCCUGGUACCUGGCGUAGCAAAUCCACCCCAGAGGUGCCUCUGGCCCCAGAGCAAAGCAACCACUGCCCGUAGCGUUUGGGAGCGGCUCCGUUUUCCUCUGUGUUCACACGCUUUCCCCAGUGAGAGGUUGUGCUGCAAACACCUCCAAGUGUGAACAAAAGGAAAACACACACAGAUUUUUAUCUUAAUACAAGUCUUAACUUUUUUUUUUUUUUUUUUGGUAAAUGUUUUCAGUGUUUACUGUAACGUAUCUAUCUCACUAACAGGUGUAUAUAGUAACUUACUUCUGGUGCUGCUUAUUGGGUCAGGAUUGGCUGUAUCUCACUGCUGUUUUGCAGAGCUGGACCCAAACUACCAAAUCUGGAUCCAGACACAGAUUAUGAUUUCAGCCUCCUCCCUUUGGGGAUCUGAGGGAAGAGAGAGAAGCCUGGGAUCCAGAUUUGGUGUUGGUCCUCCUCAAGGAUUCUGUUUUAAGAGUUUAAUUUGGGGUUUUAUUGAACUGUAGUGAACACUGCUGAGAAAUGAGCAAAGUUUUGUGUAAAGGGGGAUGAAAUGGACUGAACCGUAUCCCAAGGUCUCUGUGGACUGUAAGUAUCACUUAUGGCUUCAGUGCCAAAAGACUGGAGGGACCCAAGUCCUUCCCCAGCCCAACAAAUACUACAGUGUGGUCACCAGCCCCUUUUGCACCCGUUUAAGCAAAUCCUGCUGCCAUCCAAAGAGUCCUGUGUCACUGCAUUGUCAUUCGAGUCCCGUUGGUUUUUGUUUCCUACUUUUGCAGUUGUAAAGCACUGAUUGCACUGUGAGGACACCUGAAUCCUGGCAGCCAGCCCCAGAGGUUGCUGCAGGGUACAGGAUACAGGUUUUGCUACUACAGAUAUUCCUAAAGGGAAAAGGGAUUUGGUGGACCUCAGCAAGGCACCACAGGCUCUCCUAGGAAAGCAAUCAGCAAGCAAUGAAUCCUUUCCAAAGUUCAGUGCUCUUAGGCCUUCUCUGCUACUGUUGUCCAUACCCAAAUGCAACAGAAACCACAGCAAGGUCUUUUCUGAUGAACAGGGGGGGAUUUUUAGUCCCAGGAGAUGAAAGAUGCACUGAUGUGUUUGUCCAGGACAGCCCCAAAGUGCAGCUCAUUGAGCUGCAGAGGACUCAUUUCCCCGCCAUCCCAGUGCAGGGGGAGAAGCCCCUGGGAGACACCUCUGCCAGCAGCACCUGUGACCAGCAGUGCCAGCAGCUCUGCCAAGGUCCCUGCCCCGUCCCCAAUACACCUGGAGAGCAUGAAGCAAAAACUCCAAAGGGAAGAACAGUGCCCUUUGCCCCUGUCCCUGGGCUGGAGGGCUCCCAGGCAGCUCCAUCCUUCCCACCCGCCAUGGCUUGGGGUCAACCCUUCCUCAACAGCUUGUGGCCAGAGCAAGCCAGGCCAGUACUGAGACCUGGUGUGGUCACGGCUACCAUGAGAUCCCUGAACCAGCCCUGACUGGAGGGCAGUUUCAGAGCAGAUAGCUCAGCCACAAGGCUUGGACAUGAGGCACCAUCCCAGCUGUGAGAGCCACCAAGCCCUGCUGACCCUGCAUGGGCAACUGCUGCCUUUUUCUUUUCCCCUGGAGGAGAAUCUCAGAUGUGGGGAGAGGGAGGACAACAGCAGCAUGCCCACAUGCAGCUCACAGGCUUUACAAACCAAAUCCAGUCACGAGGGCCUUGCACAACAUUCAGAAACAACCAGGCUUUGAACAAGAGCAUCAUGUUCAAGCAUUGACUAUCCCAGAUCACCCAAACUGUGACCCUGCUGUAAAUGCCAUGUGGUUCUGCAUCAGCUCCCAAUACUCCUGAGUGCAGUCUCCAUGUUCACAUAAUCCUUUAUCAUACAUCACUGUGUCUUAAGAUAUACCUCUCUCUGUAUAUCUGCUUAGGCUGAUACUUGUUCCUGAUAAGCAGUCGCUAUGUUUUAUAUCCUCUUAUAAAGAAAAACACAUUUUUUUGUAAGUAUGUUUAAAAAAAAAAACAACAAAGUGGAAGUGUGUGCUGAAUCUUCUUCAGCUCCUUUUAAACUAUGUAAUAAUGUACAGAGAAAGUUGUUGGUGUUCCAAGAAAUGAUGUGACUGUGCAAUUUAUGUACAUUUGCAAUUAGAAAUAUUAAAGAUUUAUUUAGAUAUUUUA